UCAGAUGGAUCCACAGAUAACAGGGAGUAAAACAAGUGCUGAAGGUCGCUAUUAAUGGAGUAGCACUCGUUUGGAGAACACACACAGGAGUCUUCAGUCUAGCUCUCACACACACAGGGAAUACACAGACUGCGGUUCUCCAGAGAGCAGGAAUGAAGCUGAAGCUGCCGAACCCGGGUCUGGAGGACCGAAUCCCCUCCCAUGCUGAGCUGGAGCACAUGGAGAAGGUCCAGGCUGGAGACCGUCCUCAGUGGGACAAUAAAGCUCAGUACAUGCUCACCUGUGUGGGGUUCUGUGUGGGACUGGGGAACGUCUGGAGGUUCCCCUACCUGUGUCAGAGCCAUGGUGGAGGAGCGUUCAUGAUCCCGUUCCUCAUCCUGCUGGUCCUGGAGGGAAUUCCUCUCCUACAUCUGGAGUUCGCCAUUGGACAGAGACUGAGGAAGGGAAGCGUCGGAGUUUGGAGGUCCAUCAAUCCCUAUUUAUCCGGGGUCGGUACUGCAUCCAUGCUUGUGUCCUGUAUGGUUGGAAUGUACUACAACACCAUCAUAGGCUGGGUCAUGUGGUACUUCUUCAACUCCUUCCAAGAUCCACUGCCAUGGAGUCAGUGUCCCAUAAAUGAAAACAGAACAGGUGUGGUGUCAGAAUGCGCCCGCAGUUCCUCCGUGGAUUAUUUCUGGUACAGAGAAACUCUGAAUAUCUCGAAUAACAUUGAGGAUUCUGGUGGGUUGCAGUGGUGGAUGGUGAUGUGUCUGAUUACAGCAUGGACGGUUCUCUGGGUCUGCUGCAUCCGAGGCAUUGAAACCACCGGCAAGGCUGUUUACAUCACGUCCACGCUGCCGUACGUCGUCCUCACCAUCUUCCUGAUUCGAGGGCUGACUCUCAAAGGAUCUGCGGAAGGGAUUAAAUACCUCUUCACUCCAGAUUUAAAAGAGUUGGCGAAUCCCAGCACAUGGCUGGAUGCUGGAGCCCAAGUGUUCUACUCCUUCUCUCUUGCCUUUGGAGGACUGAUCUCCUUCUCCAGCUACAACUCUGUACAUAACAACUGUGAACAGGAUGCUGUUAUCAUCUCCAUCAUCAACGGGCUCACGUCAGUUUACUCUGCCAUUGUCAUCUAUUCCAUCAUCGGCUUCAGAGCCAUGGAGAAGUUUGAUGACUGUCUCAAUGGGAACAUCAUGGCCCUCAUGAAUGAGUUUGACCUUCCAGAGGGAAACCUAACUGAGAAUAACUACAAUGAAGUCCUAAAUUUUCUCAACAACACAUCACCAUCAGUAAUUCAGGGGCUUGAUCUGAAGACCUGUAAUUUGCAGAAUCUCCUCAGCCAGGGAGUAGAAGGUACUGGUCUGGCCUUCAUUGUGUUCACAGAGGCCAUCACCAAGAUGCCCAUUUCUCCUCUGUGGGCAGUGCUGUUCUUCAUCAUGCUCUUCUGUCUCGGACUUUCCACCAUGUUCGGCAGCAUUGAGGGGGUCGUGGUGCCUCUGCAGGAUCUGAACAUCUUCCCCAAGAGAUGGCCUAAAGAGGUCCUAACAGGAAUUGUUUGUUUGGUGUGUUUUGCCGUUGCUCUGAUCUUCACACAACGUUCUGGUGAAUACUGGCUGGCUCUGUUCGACGGAUUCGCCGGCUCCAUUCCCUUACUCAUCAUCGCCUUCUGUGAGAUGAUCGCUGUGGCUUACAUCUACGGAAUAGACAGGUUCAAUGAAGAUAUUGAGUUCAUGAUCGGACACAAACCCAAUUUCUUCUGGCAGGCCACGUGGAGAGUGAUCAGUCCUCUCAUCGUUCUCGUUAUCUUCAUCUUCUACCUGGUCUCCACUGCCACCAGGGAGCUCACCUACAUCGCCUGGAACCCUGAAUCGAAAGACUUCCCCAAUUUAGAUGUUCUGCACUACCCCGGAUGGAUCAAUAUCAUCAUCUUCAUCCUUUCCGGAGUCCCUGCCCUCAUUAUCCCACUAGUCGCUGGUUAUAAAUUCAUCAGGAAGCGCUGCUGUGGGAAAGAAGAUGAGCAGAAACCAGUCAUUUGUACCAUUUCAGCUCAAGUACAGACAGAACUGAAGAACGUGUAGAACUACAAACUGACCAGCUUCAUGUAAUGGAGAAAGGACUAAAGCACUAGAGAAAGGUGAACGUGAACAACGAACCACAUGGUUCUCCAGAAAAUCCAAAAUCUGACAAAACAAUCACGAGAAAUAAUUUAUAAUCAGAAGAAUUUAUAGUUCCUUCAACAACCAUUCUUCUGCUCCUGUGGAAAGGUUUGUGUUAGAGUUAGAAUAUAGAAUUAAUUGUUGUACAGAAAACAACGUUUAUAUGUAAAUGCAUUUGUUUCUUUUUUUUUUCUUGCAGUUUGUCACGGCUUUUAGUUGGUUGAAUUUGUUAAGAUUGCACUGAAGCAGAGCGCCAAUAAAAAUACUUGUGAAGUCA